ACCACAUUGAAUCGAUCAUAGCGAGAGCGCUGCACAUUCUCCACGGUUCACACGGAUUUGCACGCAAACCCUAUGAGAAUCAAGCGAGAAAGAACGAUUCCAUGAGCUCUUACCCCGUCUUUCCCAUCUCGGCGAUUUUUCCCAGAACAAAAGGAUUUCCGCAAAGUACGAUACUUUGUUUUUUUACUUUAUUAGCAUCCGAUCUAUCCGCGCCGAUUAGAUUUUUACCGUGGCAUUUUUUAAUAAAUUAGCCAAACAAUAUGUAGAUCACUUUUGCCAAGCUGAAUAAAACGACUGGUAGACGUUUAUGACAGCCGUCGUUCGUGUAAGUUUUUGUAUCCGAUAUGUGCACUCUCAGCCUACGUAUAAUGCACACUACGUUAGCGUUUGUCGGCCUAUACGUGUAUCUCCAGUUCCUGUGCGUUCUACCGCGAUUUUGAAAGCUAUAUUUGAGUGUUUAACCAAUAUUCUACAUUGAUUUAUGUCAGCUGCAUUAUUGAUCUUUUGUUUUUGUUUGCCUUCCUUGUUUCAACGAGCAUUAUUUAACAACGUAACUUUGGAAAAACGCGAUUAUGUACCGGUACAACCCCAAUGAAGCGUACUUGUGCGGGUAAGUUUGUGGCGAAGUGCCGUAACAUUCAUCACAUUGACUGGGCAAGUAGCGAUGAAUCACCUUUGACCAGGUUUCGCACUGUCCCUUCGUCCAAAAAGAUUCAUAUCGACGUUCAAGAAAAUUUGAGGAAAGGAAGGGAAACGUAUGUUUGUAACGACUGUCUGACAUAUUCGGAAAAUUUGCAAGGAAUUUUUUCUCCAUCUGUUUGUGCUCCAAGUAGCGCUAGCCCAGCACCUCCACAAUCUGACGCUGGAGCUACUCCGUCCUGCUCUGGCUCUACUGGCACUGCUACUGGGCAUUCGGCGGAUCUGCAAGAGUUGAUAAACCGUGUGUUAUCUCUCCCUCAAGAAGACAUUGCUGAAGUUGCACAUGCUAUUGGUAGAAGUCAGCGGAAUCCUAUUCUAGCAGACAUAACAUCAUCAGAGUUAACAUUUCUGCCGACUUCAGAAAGCUUACUUGCACACGAUUCUGUGGAAUGGUUAGAGUCUCGCAAUGCAGUACUCUCCAGUUUUUUGUGUGGAGUGAGUGAUUGUGACUUGAAUUUAUUGGCUAAGAGGACGAAGGAAUCAGAACAGAAAGUCUACGGUGUAUGCAAGGCUGUAGAACAGUGCUAUUUUAACAUCAAUCCAAAGUGUGUGCUACCCCACUCUUUCAAGGAGAACAUCUUGAUUUACUCUGUAAGUAAGAGCAAGCUCUUGCCUGAUGCUCUAGGUGGAGUUUCACCAGCAGGUACUUAUUACAGGUUGAGGAAGUGGUUGGAUCACCAGGCAUACCAUGAACUUCCACCCUUGAAUGGGGAUGUUGUCAUAGCAUUUGACAAUGAUCAAGUUGUGGGAAAGACAUAUCAUGUGAAGGCUGAUAAUAAGGUACGAGUUUCUGUAAUAACAAGCAUCUGUGCGUUUGAAGAGGAUGGAAAAUUACAAGAACAAGGGGAACUAAAACCCAGCAACUGGCAGGACAAACGUCGGGAUCAGUUUGAGAAUUUAGUACAUCCAAAGUCGGAGAUCAAUGUUCAAGCUAGUGAGCUGCAUUAUAAGGAACUAUACAGAUCACUGUCUGAUGCUAUUUCAGAGAUAAUCCAUGAGCAGAGGCACAACGGUGAUGGAAAGCUGACCGACGAUAUAGAUAUGCAUGUAUCGCAGAAUGCAUUUGAUCGCGAAUAUCGUCUCUGCCCUUCAUGCUCUGAGAGCAACCGACGGAAUAAGCGCAUUUGUGCAUAUUGUGGAGAACGUUUACGCAUUAGAGCAGAUGCAGGAGAUGGUGAUGAAGAGAGUUCUGAAGGUUCGAAAACAUCAGGCUUAGAACAUCGGUUUGCACCCACUGUGAAAAGGGUAACUUUUACAUCAGAGUCCCAAGUAGAAGAGAAAGCCGAUCGAAUAUCAGCACGUGACCCUUUCUUUGUGAAUCCGAAUUCUCUGGGGACAAUUGCCGCCGUUUUCAGACACAUUGGGAAAGAUGCAAAGGUAAAGAAUGUCGCUGAAAAUGGUGACCGAGAGUGGGUCUGCGUAGUUUGUGAUGGGCUGCCAUACUCCAUCGGCAUGAACAUUUUGACGUCAUUUUAUGAGUGUAGAUUGUGCAGAGAAAAAACACAAGGGCAGGAUAAAUUCACAGAGCACAUGACAACAAUCCAUCCUGGAGUUGAGUAUGAAAUGAAGGACAAUCUCGAAUUUGGUUGGCUCCUGCUUCAUGCAGGGCACGGCCAUUAUGAAAUGAAUGCUGUCCGUAGCUUUGUCUCGUUAAACUGGGACGUUUUCAUGGGAGAUGCUGCCAAAGUGAUGGGCUUCAGAUCUGAGAGGGCUCAGAAGUAUGCCAAGAGCACCUCUGAUCACCAUAGGGCGUGGGAGCUUCUCCAGAUUGUGUAUCACGGUGGACUGCGUGAACUGCUCCUGCCGUAUGUGAGACAGUGCCUAGCAGAAGGGAGCAGUCCUACUCCAGAGGGUUAUCUUCGAUGGAGUAAAGCAGUCGAGGACAGGAGGUACGCUUACUUCCAGGAGCAGAUAAUGACAUACACUCAAGCGAUCAUUAAUUUGCGAAAGGGGCUACGCACAAACAAUGCAGACCUUGUCAUGGCAGGACGUAUCAAGCAUGCUCCUAUCUUUCACGGGAGGAACCACCCAAAAUACCAGGCCAUCGAGAUCAUGGAGCUUGCAAACUUUCUUAGUGCACCACCCCCUGUACAGGAGUUUCUUGCUCGCCACUCAUCUUACUCUGCUUCUGGAGACCCCACAAAGGGUGAAGAUCUGGAUUUUGUUCUCGAAAACCUAAACAAGCAGAGCAAAGACUGGAUUCCAAGGGGAGUGCCUACAGAACAUGAGUGGCUACGGAUAUUUCGCAAUCUGGACAAGCUCAAUGAGAUCAGACAAGAAACGCUGCACAGUAUGGGUCAGUCAACCUCAAGCACCCCAAGAAGUACAUCGCAUGACCCUGCUGCGGAUGACAUCAAGGCAUGGCGUAUCUUCAUCAGGGAAAGCGGAUACCUGAGUUCUCCCAUGACAUCGGGACCAAUCUCUGCAAUCAAUGGAGAAGAGCUAGACCCAAGUUUGAUCUGUCUAACCACCACUGGAACAAAAAGGAGAAGACACUUUGCCAGCAAACUGCUAUCAGCAGGUGACAUCCCAAAGCCGGACCCAGUGCUAGUCACCAAGAGUGAGCGAGCUGACUUUGAAGACAUUAGUAAACAAACCAAGGAGAGGAUCAGUCAACGAAUCGAGGCACUUAUCAGUUCUGUGGCUGAUGAUGUCUCAAAGGACAUUCUAAUGAAGGAGUUGGGCCAACUGAAAAGUCGCAGGAAAGAAGAACUAAUAGGUCUUUUCUACAGAUUGAAAGACAGAUCAGAUGAAAGUGACUCUGAUGUAAGUGAUGAUUAAAGUACAUUUUACAUGUACACAUGUACAGGAACUGAUCAUUCUUUGUCACCAUUGUUGGCCAAUUUUCUUUAAAAAGCUUUGAUGUGAAAGCUAAGUUUUUAAUGUACAUGUAAAGACUUGAAUGUAAAUUUAUGUUGUGGAAGAGAAAUGUGCAAAAGUAAUUCUGAUUUACAUACAAUAUUUCUCACCUUAUGUAAAGAUGUUGUGACCAGCAAUAUUUUUUUCAUUAAAAAUAUGACCAACACAAAAAUUGAUAUGUGGGACAAAGUAUAGUAGAAAAUCAAUCAUGACGAGAUAUAUUUGAAGUUCUGAUCAUCUUUGGACAGUUUUGAAAAUUGUAAGGGGGGGGGGCAGUGUUACAGAUAUGUAUCCAUCAAGGUUUGUUCAGACAUGGUGGAAAAAUUUCAGCAACAUUUUGUGUACAAAAGGGAUGUGAGGCAGCAGACAU